AUGGGGCAUUGCUCUCAAGGGUGGGUACCCCAGCCACAGUUCCUGCAGGCUUGCAGUUUACUUGAGCCAGUGUUAGAGGUUGGUCGCUGGUUUCCUUGGCAUUGAUAUCUUUUUGGAACAUUGAUGGAGUAUACUUUGGUAUUCAUUAGCUGAAGCUGUUUGUCUGCUGACUCUCCUGACUUUGCCAUAUCACGAACUUCCUUGAAGGUGAGGGCAUUUCCAACUUUGAACCAGUCCUUUCAAACACAGUCAGAAUUCAUUCCUAGCACAAGGAAAUCCCUCACAAAUCGAUCAUUGCUCUUGACUGAAUAGUUGGCUUCCUUCACAAGGAGUCUCAGUUUCGCAAUAAAUUCUUCGAGAGAGAGGGUACCUUGGCAAAGGUUGUGAAGCUCCCACACUGCUAUUAGCUCAUUGGAGUGUGGCUUGACAAAAUUUUCCAGUCUCAUCCAUUAAUUUUUCAGCUUUUUUUGCUCAUCUGCGGACAUAUCCCAGCUGUUGAAUAGUUCGAUUCUGUGCUAAAUUCUCUGAAGGGUAGUCUUUAGUCAAGCCCAACACUGAGCAGGGAUCCAGGAGGCCUAGUCCUAUCAUCUAUAUGGCACAUAAAGAUUGUCUUGAAUUCAUAAAAAUUGUUUGUUUUUCAUUAUGUCAGUAGCAAAAAGAAAAAUCUAAUUGGGAUCCACUUUCAAUGCACAUUCAUUUAGGUGAUUCACAAAACUACCUUGCUCAGUUGUUUGCCAUUCCAAAUGACUGAGUGGCUGACUAUCUGACUGCCUGAACGAAUGACCUGCUGACUGACUUACCUAUUGGCUAACAACAGCUGAGGGAUAACAGUGACAACAGGGGGAACAGUGACAACAUUGACACUAAGGAUAUGUGUAUCCCGGGUACGGUGCACACAUCACUAGAAAUACGUGUUCCUGGGUAAGGGAUAAGUGUUCCCUUACCCAGGAACACAUACAUGUAAUUCUAAUGAUAUGUCCCCUACUCAGGAAACACAUAUCCCUACUGAAAUGUGUUUCCCCUACCCAGGGCUCAAAAUUAACGCCCACAAAAUGCGAUUGAUUUUGAUAAUCUGCAAGUGAAAGAAAUGUCCACUAGCAAACAUUUGCAAGUUAGAUUCAUCCAUGUCUCCAAAGCAAAGGGAAAGAAUUUGCCUCACCAGUUUCCUAGUGGAAAAAAUCUUACUAACAAAAAUUUGUAAGUGCACUGAAAAGUUAACUUCGAGCCCUAACCAGAAACACAUAUCCGUAGUGAUAAGUGUUCCUUUACCCAGGAAAGAUAAUUAACCAGUGAUAUGUGUUUCCCUACCUGGGAAACAAAUAUUACUUGUUCCCCUAUCCAGGAAACAGUCAUGAAAUAGUCACUCUCAAUGCUGACAUAGAUAUGACAUUGAGAUUUGAAAGAGCGAAUCUCUAGAAGGCCUCAUCAUAUUAAGUGAUAUUUUGGAGAAAUUAAAAGCAUAUCAGUUUUGUUGAGCUGGUUAGUUAUGGUAUUGAACAUCUCUCCCUUUUUAAUGCCUGCUAUCUUAUAAUUUAUACACCCCCAGAAUUUAAUAAAUGCAACACGCACUUGUCAGAUCGUUUAUAGUAAUCAGGCCAAGGUGCUCAUUGAAAUGUGGCUGCUAAUUAAAUAUUCAUGCAAGUAUGGUUCACUAGAAUUUGGUCUGUUCUGGAAAUUGUUGUUAUUUUACGUGUACACGACAUGCAGUAAAUUAAUGGUGAGUAAAUUAAUGAGCUGAAGUACAUUUUCAUUUUUUUUCCAGAUCAGAUGCCCCCAGUUUGGAUCAAGACUUCAGCAGCCUGGAUUUAGUUAUAGAGAUUAUAUUCAUUACUGUAAGUGUGGUACAUUUUAAGUUUCUGAUUUUUGUUACAGUUAUAUUCAUUUGACCAUCUUUGAAGGACAGACCUCCCUGAUAUGCAGGCUUGAGGUAUCCCUUGAGAAAGGAAGGGGACACUUAGUUUCCAGUAAAAAUUGUUCGUUGUCAUUAUGUCAUUAGCAAAAAGAAAAAUCUAAUUGGGAUCCACUUUCAACACACAUUCAUUUAGGUGAUUCACAAAACUUCCUUGCUCAGUUGUUUGCCAUUCCGAAUGACUGAGUGGCUGACUAUCUGACUGCCUGAAUGAAUGACCUGCUGACUGACUUACCUAUUGGCUAACUACAGGGAUAACAGUGACAAAAGGGAGAAAAGUGACAACAUUGACAACACUGACAAAUGUGACCACAGUGACACUAUUGGCUACCUAUACAUGGAUAAUUUUGAAGUUCCUGAUUUAGAACAAUCCAUUUCAGGGAGAAAAACGACAUAAAAAUUGAUCAAGGAUUUAUCUUCUGACAAAAUUGUUGCCAUUAUGAAGAAGCAGUGACACUAAGGAAUGUGUAAAGAAAUAUCUUUUUAAAAAACAGGGCUAUUUCAAUUUACAAACUUCCUAGAAAGGAGUAUAAAAAAUUAGCCCAUUUCUAGAACGGGGUAUCAGUUUUAGGGCAAAUUGUAGACCCAUUUCUAGAAUGGGGUAUCAAUUUUAGGUUUUUUUAGAACGGGUGCCAAUUUGGAGUCCCGGUUCCCCUACACUAGGGAUAUCACAUCAUUCUAGUGAUAUCCUGGGUGAGGGAUAAGUCCCCCCCUACCCAGGAACACAUAUAUCCAUAUCAGAAAUGUGUUUCCCCUACCCAGGGCUCGAAAUCAACGCUCACAAAAUGCGAGUGAUUUUGAUAAUCUGCAAGUGAAAGAAAUGUCCACUAGCAAACAUUUGCGAGUUAGAAUCAUCCACGUCUCCAAAGCAAAGGGAAAGAAUUUGCUGGUGGUCUCACCAGUUUGCUAGUGGAAAAAAUCUUACUAGCAAAAAUUUGCAAGUGCACUGAAAAGUUAACUUCAAGCCCUAACCCAGAAACACAUAUCCGUAGUGACAAGUGUUCCUUUACCCAGGAAACAUAAUUAACCAGUGAUAUGUGUUUUCCUACCUGGGAAAGAGACACUACUUGUUCCCCUAUCCAGGAAACAGUCAUACUACUCUCAAUGCUGACAUCGAUAUGACAUUGAGAUUUGAAAGAGCGAAUCUCUAGAAGACCUCAUCAUAUUAAGUGAUAUUUUGGAGAAAUUAAAAGCAUAUCAGUUUUGUUGAGCUGGUUAGUUAUGCUAUUGAAUGUCUCUUCCUUUUGAAUGCCUGCUAUCUUAUAAUAAUUUAUACACCCCCAGAAUUUAAUAAAUUAUGCACCAGGCACUUGUCAGAUCAUUUAUAGUAAUCAGGCCAAGGUGCUUAUUCAAAUGUGGCUGCUAAUUAAAUAUUCAUGCAAGCAUGGUAUACAAGAAUUUGGUCUGUUCUGAAAAUUGUUGUUAUUUUACAUGUAGUAAAUUAAUGAUGAGUGAAUUAAUGAGCUGAGGUACAUUUUAAUUUUUUUCCAGAUCAGAUGCCCCAGAUUGGAUCAAAAUUUCAGCAUCCUGGAUUUAGUUAUAGAGAUUAUCUUCACUACUGUAAGUGUGGUUCAUUUUCAGUUUCUGAUUUUUGUUACAGUUAUAUUGAUCAUCUUUGAAGGACAAACCUCCCUGAUAUGCAAGCUUGAGAUAAUUAUCCCUUGAGAAAGGAAGGGGACACUUAUUUUCCAGUAAUUAGGGAGCUUUAGCAACGAAGACUGACCACGGCAUUGAGAAUGUCAAAAAAGCAAUAGGUUUUGAUAAGUACACUGUUUUGAUAAGUCACUGCAUGACUGCAACAUGAAAAUGCCUAAUUUCAUUUGUUAUGGAGGAAAUAAAUAAGUAAGACAAAUUUUUCUUUCCGAGUACCAUUCCAAGAAAUCAACUCCAGGGAAGUUCACCCAUAUUUAACAUUUCGUCAAAAAAUAAUAAAUGCACUGAAGCACAGAGUCUUCAAUUCUUGAAAAAGUCUCUUGAAAUUUGUUUUUGUUUUUGUGCCUAAUUUUGAAUCAUGAAAAAAGCAUUUGUUCCUACUUUUUUUAAGGUCUUUAUAGAUCACCGAUUUUAAUAACCUUGAGUCUCGAAAAAGAAACUGUUGUUUUGGAAAAAAGUCUUGAUUUUUGGAUCCAAAAAACCAGUUACGAACCCUGAUUUUAAAAGUGAUGUAUUGGCUGCUGUCACCAUUGUCUACGCUAAAGCUCCCUCUUAUGGCUGAAUCGGAGUGUGCUCCAUUAAUCAUGUCACUGGCAAGAUGCCAAAUUCAAAUAUGCCUGCUAAUAAAUUAUAUAAUACUGGAAUUAGGUCUGUUCUGGAAAUUAAUAAUCAGAAAAUUAAAGAGCAUAACAUAAUAAUUAUUAUUUUCAACUUUUCUUUCCAGAUCAGAUGCCCCAAGACUUCAUGAGCAGCCCAAACUUAGUGACAGCUUAUCUUCAGUGCUGUAAGUGCUGUACAUUCUAUUUUGUAAUCCAGCUCUUGAGUGAACCAGAUAAGCUGAACUGUAACCUGUGCUUGGUCAAAGUAUCAUUAAGCUAA